AUGAAGCUUUCAAAUCUCGCAGCGCUGUUGUCCGCAUCGACGGUCGCCCCCGUGGCAGCCGGCUACGUGAGUCAGGAUAUCAUCAGAGCCGACACAAUGAACGUCGCCGUCGCCGCUGCCGCAAACGCUCAAGAUGAAGACCUGCUGGAAAAGAUAAUCUCUAGUUCCCCGCUCCUCUCCCUCCACCGCACGAUCUGCCAGGUCGAGUCAGUCUCCAACCAUGAAUCUGCCGUCGGCGAAGCAUUGAUCAAAUACCUGGGUGAAAAUGGCUUCGCCACCGAAAAACAAAUGGUCCCCGUCGAUGAGGAUGACGACAGCACCGACAAGCGCUUCAACAUCUGGGCCUAUCCAGAAGGGUCCCCGAAGCCCAAGAUCAUCUUGACCAGCCAUAUCGAUACUGUUCCUCCGCACAUUGACUAUAACCUCCAAGCGCCGGAGGGUGACUUUGAUCGCGCCAACAUCACCAUUAAGGGCCGUGGCACCGUGGAUGCGAAAGCCAGCGUCGCCGCAAUGAUUAUUGCGGCCCUGGGCCAUCUGAAGGAGCACCCCGACGUGCCACUGGGUCUCCUGUUCGUCGUCAGCGAGGAAAAAGGCGGCACGGGCAUGGUGCAUUUCUCCGACUCGGAUCUCAACACCACUCCGCCGUUCUUCCACACGCUCAUCUUCGGCGAGCCGACGGAGCUCAAGCUGGUCGACGGCCACAAAGGCAACCUCCGCUUCGACGUCGAAGCAAGGGGCGUCUCGGCCCACUCGGGUUACCCCUGGCUCGGCCACAGCGCCAUCUCGGAGAUUCUCCCGGUGCUUGAGCGCAUUGAUAAACUGGGUGAUAUCCCCGUCAAGGACGGCGGGCUGCCCGCCAGCGAGAAAUAUGGCCGCACGACGCUGAACAUCGGUAUGCUCAAGGGUGGUGCGGCGGGCAACGUCGUGCCGGAAUCUGCGUCUGCUAGCGUCGCCGUCCGUCUUGCGGCCGGCACGAUAGAAGAUGCGCAGAAUAUCAUUCGCAAGGCUGUUGCGGACGCCUGUGGCGGAAGCAAGAAUAUAACCAUCACAUUCCCCGAUAGCAAGGCCUACCCGCCUGUCGAUUUAGAUACAGAUGUUGAUGGUUUUGAGUUGUUGACGGUCAAUUACGGGACCGAUAUUCCGAAGUUGGACAUCCAUGAUGAAGACUCCGAUGUUAAGGUCAAGAGAUACCUGUAUGGCCCGGGAACUAUCCUUGUGGCACACGGCGCUGAUGAGGCGCUUACAGUGGGCGAUUUAGAGAAGGCGGUUAAGGGGUAUGCGAAGUUAAUUGAUGCAGCGGUUAGGAGAGGUUAAAGGACGUUAAUGCUUUCGCUUUUGUUUAGAUUUGGUGUAUAUCAAAUGCUCUUCAGAUA